AUGUUUGGCGGAAUGUUUGGCGGCUACAUCGGUCCUGCAUCACUGGUUAGGAAGACAAGACAUCCACCCACUACUUACCCUCGACAUCCACCCACUACUUACCCUCGACGACCUCCCACAAGCACCCUGGCACACAUGGACGACGACAGCAACAACCCAGGAUUGCCAUGUCACAAAACUAGUGCAUGGCCAUCAGCCCACCCACCCACGAAUGACGUCCACCGCCGGCGAAAGAGCCCUACAAAUGACGAGCGCCCAGGACACGACGACCCGCCCAUGAAUGCAAACGACCACCCACAAACCAACCUGUCAAAACGACCACAAAGAGCAGGCGUGAAAGGGCAUGUUGAGGAUAGCCACAAUGAGAGGGUGGGUAUGCAAGCACCACGACCCAAGAACCCACCAUGUAUCAUUCCCCACAACGUCGACUUCCACCAACGGACCUUGCCUCGCAGACCAACCCUGCCUAUGCUGUCAAAAUCCUGGGGUGAAGUUGCCAUUCCCCUGAUCUUCCGAUCCUCGCAAGGAUGCACGGCAGUGUCAAUUGACACUCGCACUGCCCUUGCGAGGUUCAUUGGUCAUUUAUGGAGGCAUACCCUCCCGCAGCGAGGUAUGGCUGUCCGCUACCUUAUGAGAAUGCAGACCCUUCCCAAAUACAUUGCGCACCAUGUCAGAAGCGUGAAAAAUGCACAACCUGCCGCAAGCUCAAGAAAAGAAAACAUUUCAGAAAAGGAGACCAUAUUCAAUUAUACAAAACAUGCAACAGCUGUCGCGAUAGAGCCAUGGUACGUGUGGACAGAAAACGUACACAAGCCGAAAUUCAGGGUUUCUGUUGAAGACUGUAUGGCGGAAAAUGGAACUCUGCGAGCAACUUGCCGUGCAUGUCUGACACUGAGGCGUGAGCGGCGUGUUGAGCUGGAGCGCGCUGCGAUGGGAGACCUCGAACAUGAACAAGAGGCUGCUGCCUUACUUCAAGGCGAUGCCGAAGGUGUUGCAACAACGAAUGCAGACGAAUUUGAUGCUGUCUUUGGCGAUGGUGCCGAUCUUAUGAACCUUGACCUUCCUGACAACAAGGCAUUGACUGAGCGAGAAUCUGCCCUCCUAAGAAACCUCAAGAAAGAAUUAGACAAAAUCAAAUUCGAAACAUGCGAUCACUGUCUUGAAGAAGGUUUCGGGAUGAAUGUAGAAGAUGGAAUGUGUUCAAGUUGUCGACGUGAUAAGGCUGAUCCGGUGCGAAAGUGGUCGGCAGCGAAUAAUGUGCAGCCCGGUCUGCCAUUUUCAAUAUUUCCAGUCAACUACUCGUCUAAUUUCUCGAAUAGCACAAGACGUACCUGCAUGUUUGAAAGGCCUGACUGA